UAGCACUGUCUUCGCCUAUUCAUAAUGUUAACAGUUUCGAAGAAGGUUGCCAAUCUCGCCCUCUCCAAACCUACUUUGAAGCAAAGCAAAAUAGCAACCGUCCUUCCUAUCUCUCCACAGGGGCUUGAGAGGGUGCAAAUGAGAUAAAUAUUAUUUUAAAUGUAAGUCUGCUGAUGGGGCACGUGGAACCACUGCAGGUGAUAAUGUUGUUGUUGACAGUGGCAGCAGUGAUGUUGUCCGUGAACACGAAGAUGACUCUGGGCAGGAGCAUUGAAGGCGAAAAAAGGGAGCCGGCUACUAAUGCCACAGGCAUGGAAUCAUGUAUCACUCGAGCACUUCAAUUAUCACAAGUUCCCCAGGCUAGUAUUCACACAAUCAAAAGCAUUUUGCAAAGCCUCUCACCACCAGUCGAUCAACUGACAGUUGACAGCGCCAACCCUGCUAAUUUGGCCUAUAUUCUGGGUGGAGAGGAUACUUUCAGGAGAUUUACGCGCUGUUUGGGCGGUCAGCUUCAGCAAUGUCGCCAAAGUCCCCCUUGUAGCGAUGCUGGAAAGUGCAUCUUUACACGUUCUAUACAAGGGAAAGGCUCAUACACUUGCAACUGCGAUGAUGGUCAUAUUGGAAAGUUUUGUCAGACAGUACUGCCAUCCUGUUCUGGUAAUCCCUGUCAGAACGGUGCAACAUGUCAACAGAGAGGAUCAUCAUUUCAUUGUCGCUGUCCACCACUGUAUAUUGGAACACGUUGUGAAGAAAAGUGGUUGGAUGUAGCUAAGUUUAAACAGCAAUCCAACACAUUACAUCAAGUCAGUGAGGAUGUUUCACACCUGAAACAUGACCUACGUGCUGGAAGACGAGAUGAUAUCAAUCGUAUCGAUUCAUAUCUUCACCAACUGGGUGCAAAGAUCCUUACUAAUGUUAACUCCACUAUGAAUCAGUUGUCAUCUCAGGUUGCCGCCCUGAAUGAAAGGCUGAACGAAGUCCAGGAAAAUCAAGAAGCAUCAUUUCUCUGCCAGAGAACCGACUCUGGUCCUUCAGCUGUAUUCAAUGGCAGAACAAUGACAACAAGAUUCACUGCAUACUGUGAUCGAGAGACUGAUGGUGGUGGCUGGACUGUGUUUCAGAGAAGACAGGAUGGCUCCGUGGACUUUUACCGUGACUGGAAUGCAUACAAGCGAGGAUUCGGAUCAGCGUCGGGAGAGUUCUGGUUGGGUCUAGAUACACUACACUAUCUGACGUCACAAGCUGAUAGUACGUAUGAAUUACGUGUUGGUAUGGUGUUCAAUACAACUGGAGUGAAGCAUUAUGCCAAGUGGUCAACAUUCCGUGUUGAAGGUGAAGCUAACAAUUACAAAUUACACGUUUCAGGAUUCGCAAGCCCGACAUUGACAGACAGCAUGAAAUUCCACAAUGGACAACAGUUCAGCACUCGAGACCGUGACCAUGACUCAUUUAGUGGUUUUGACUGUUCCAAUGCAUUCAAGGGUGGUUGGUGGUAUAAAAACUGUCACGGUGUCAAUGUCAAUGGAUUGUAUGGACGUAGUGAUCGAGACGCAACUGGUGUAGUGUACAAUCAAGGCGGGUUCAAAAGUUUGAAGUUUGUGGAAAUGAAGCUAAGAAGGCGUGGAUAAAACCCAACUCCCUGCGAGAUUCACCACGCACACUGUGCUCAUUUGCAUCCAAAUGCAACAUUCUGCAAUUUGAAACCUUUCCACUGGUUUCCUCUUUUCAUGAUGGCUUUUGGGAAGUUUUGGCUAUCUUUGAAAAUAUGUUCUACCUCUUUCCGACCAUACAUUUCUUUUGCAGGACAAUCAACCUGCCAUUCGAUUCUUAAUCGCUGGGUUCCAAAAAGCCAGUAAUGCUUUUGCCUAACAUAAUAUUAAUACACACAUGCACUAAGGGUGUGUUUACCGUUUCAGGGCAUUGCGCGCAUCGUCAUAACCAGCUCCUCCGCAACCACACAACACAUUGAUUUCCUAGGAGCGCUUUCGUUUUAUACUUCUUAUCAGCGAGCCAUCGUGGUUACAAGAAUACAAUCACUCUUUCUGAUAUACUGUACUUUUCCUGUCUACUACAAUCACCCGCAUUCUCUCACUAACCAUCUGAACAUUAACCACCUAGCGCUAUCCACUUCACCUGUUUUUGUUUUGCGUGACUAAUUGCUUAAACCACUGUAGAAUUACUCACGAGCAUAAGCUGAAGUUCAAUUGACGGGUAGUCACAAUAUCCAACAUAUCUGUAACUUGCAUAAUAGCUAACAAUCGUUUCCGGGUGUCUCUACAAGUACAUCUUUUACUUAUAAUUAUGUGCGGCUCCUACUUUUAUUACGUAAAAGACACAGCGGCUAGAUAGA